AUGACAACAAGCAGAGUCCUCUGGCUGCUACUCCAUCUCACGCUCUUGCUCCCCAUCGCCGCCGCAAUCCUCUUCGUGUUCGUCUACUACCACCGUCCUGACACCUCAAUCACCACCAAAGGCAAAUCCCAAACAACAGUGUUCAAAACCGUCCCAGAACGCCGCGCAAUAAUCGCAGCCGCGCAAGUUCCCAACGAUAAGCGGAAGACCCAACUCACCACGCACGAGGCUCGAGCGUGGUCGAACCAGCGUCUUCAACGGGCAUUUGGGAUCCAGAAUGCAUUCACAACCGGCAAUGGAGCCGACGCGAGGACGUUUGUGACCGAGGCCCAUAGACUCAUUAGGGUUUCGGCUGUGGAUUGGGAUGGGCUCUCGAGCAUGCUUUCGCGUAUGGUUCUGGAUUUGAUGGACUGGGCGGCUGUGGCGGAUGAGGAUGGCAGUGCCAGUGCUAGUGGUGGUGGGACUCGUCUCAAAAGUCAUGCUGGCUCCGGUGGUACGGGCUCUGGCGCUCAAGACGUCACUUGUGGUUCUGUUCGGGAUGAAUGGUACUGA